UUUAGACUACUUGUCAACAAGGGAAUUAAUAAGUCAAUUGAAGAAGACAACAAGUCAACAACAAGAUGCGCGUUUCCUAUCCAAGAGUUCAAAGAUAAAGACGACCAGAUAUGUGUUAGAAUUAGAUGUUCCUGCUACAAUUGUUCUCGUUCAUCUGAAAUUCUGAAUAUUCUAUUGUUUAAUCGAUUCGUCUUGUUGCUAGUUUCGGAUAUCAGCCCGGAUUCCAAUUGUAAGAUUUUUCUAGCCGAGUUCUUCUGACACUAAAACCCUCGGGAGAGGGAGAGCCGGAGAUAUUAAUAUGCCUAUACGAAGAGCUUUUCAAGUAUGAACGAAGCCAUGAAACAGAUUACCGAGCGAUGGACCUAUGAUGUGUUUGCAAGUUUCCAUGGACCAGAUGUGCGGUAUGGAUUUUUAAGCCAUCUCGUUGCUCGUCUCAGAAGUUCUGAAACGUACAUAUUCAAUGACGAUAUGGACAUACUAAGUGGAGAAGAAAUUUCCCGAUCCCUGUUUAAUGCCAUUGAAAACUCCAAAAUUCUCCUUGUCAUUUUAUCGGAGAAGUAUGCUUCAUCCUCUUGGUGCCUCGAUGAACUUUUGCAAAAGUAAACCCGGACAAAAAGUACUUCCAAUUUUCUACUACAUUGAACCAUCCGUUGUGCGCCAUCAAUUUGGAUCAUAUGAUCUAGCUUUUUUUAAACAUGAAAGCCGUUACCCAGAGAGCAAGGUGCGAAAGUGGAAGGAAGCUUUAGAAGCAGUUGCGUGUAUAUCGGGGGUUUCACGUGAAUAAAAGCAGGAAUGAAUCAACCUUCAUCGAAGAAAUAAUUAACCGUGUCGGGAAACUGCUGUCUAGGUCAUACUUGCAUAUACCAGAAUAUGCUGUUGGUAUCAGACUACGUGUAAACCAUAUUAAUGAGAUAAUGUCCUUUGGUUCGGUUGGUGUCCAAACUAUUGGAAUCUGCGGAAUGGGUGGGAUUGGUAAAACAACAUUAGCCAAGGCUGCAUAUAAUGAAUUCUCAGAUCGUUUUGAAGGAACAAGUUUCUUAGAAAACUUUGGAGAAUACUCCAUGACACCAGAUGGUAAGGUUCAUCUUAAGCGAAAACUUCUUUCGGAUAUCAUCAAGAGGUAUGACACAGAGUGUAAGAACAUGGAUCACGAAGUGAAAAUUAGAUUUCGCAAUAAAAGAGUACUUGUUGUAAUUGAUGGUGUUGAAGACAUUAAGCAGUUUAAUUCUGUCGCAAUAGACUUGACCUGCUUUGGGCCAGGAAGCAGGAUACUCAUUACAACCAGGAACAAGCAUUUGCUUGAGCAGCUGGAUGUUGCAAAUAUAUAUUCACCGAAGGAACUUAACUACGAUGAAUCUGUUGGUCUUGUAAGUUGGCUGGCCUUUAGAACAGAGAAACCUCCUGAAGGGUUUGGUGAGCUAUCCAAAGAUUUGGUUAGAUACUGUGGAGGACUACCCUUGGCUGUGGAAGUCUUGGCUGCUUUUCUCUACAAGAGAAGCCUUUCGGAGUGGGAAAGCACAUUGGAACAGUUGAAACAAAUCCCAGAUGCUGAUAUUCAAGCAAAGCUUCAAGUCAGCUUUGAUGCGCUAGACGCAGUACAAAAAGAUACAUUCUUGGAUAUAUCUUGCUUCUUCAUCGGGAUGGAUGAAGACUAUGUAAGCUGCAUAUUGGAUGGAUGCAAAUUAUACCCUGCCAUAGGACUCAGUGUGCUAAAGGAAAGGUGCCUCAUCACAGUCAGUGACAACAAGCUGAUUAUGCAUGACUUAUUACGAGACAUGGGAAGACAAAUUGUGCGAGGACCAUCUCGGAAUAACUGUGAAGGAUGGAGUAGAUUAUGGGAUCCUGACGAUGUUAUUGAUGUAUUGGAAAACUAUAAUGGCACUGAGGCAAUUGAAGGACUCAGCCUGAAGGCCGAAGGUACGCCCGUUGAGAACUUGGAGGUUGAGCAUUUUCAAACUUAAAGAAGCUGAGACUGCUACAACUCAGUCAUGUACAGCUCAACGGAAGCUAUGAAAAAUUUCCAAGACGUGUACGAUGGCUUUACUGGUUUGGAUUUCCUCUAGACUCCAUCCCAACAGAUUUUCAUUUGGGAAGUUUAGUUGUCAUGGACAUGCAGUACAGCAACCUUAAACGACUUUGGGCUGAUCAACAGCGGCCUCUUAAGGACUUAAAAUACCUUGACCUCAGUCAUUCUCUCCAGCUCACAGACACUCCAGAGUUUUCAUUACUCCCAAAUCUUGAGAAGUUGCUAUUAGUUAAUUGUAAAAGUUUGGUUCGGGUUCAUAAUUCGAUAGAGAAUCAUCGUAAGCUGAUACUAUUAAAUCUAAAAGACUGCACCAAGCUUGGCGACCUUGAUAAGUUGAAAUCGCUGGAAAUUCUCAUUAUCUCGGGCUGCUCGCAACUUAAGAGAUUGGAUGAUGAUUUAGGUCAAAUGGAAUCCUCGAAAACUCUCAAAGCCGAUCAUACCGCCACAACGCAAAUCCCCCGCCUGAAGAAACUAGAAGUAAUAUCUCUUGAAGGCUGCAAGGAGUUACUGAAAGACAGAGACCAAACACAUUCUGUUGGAAGCCCUCAAGCGGCUCUAUCUAUUCCGCCCUCAUUAUUAAACCGUCCAAGCUGCCUGAAGACUUUACGUUUAGGGUUCUGCAAUCUAUCUGAUGAUUUUUUUUCCAAUGAUGAUCUUGGGAGUUUGUCUUGUCUCGAGGAGCUUGAUCUACAGGGCAACAACUUUCGUAGUUUGCAAAUGGAUUUUGUGGGUCUUUCAAGUCUACAGAUUCUUAAAAUGGAUGGUUGCUCAGAACUUCAAUCCAUGUUUAGUUUACCAAAAAAGUUGAGAUCUUUCCAUGCGAGCAACUGUACCAUGUUGGAAAGAACUCAAGACUUAUCAGAAUGCUCGGUGUUACAAUCGUUGCACCUCACAAACUGUUUCAACCUUGUUGAGACGCCGGGGCUACAUAAACUAAAAAAAGUUGGUGUCAUCCACAUGGAAAUGUGCAACCGCAUAUCAGCUACUCACAGAGAAAGAAUCAUGCAGGGUUUGGCAGUGGGUGAUAAUGGGGAAAUUUUUAUCCCGGGAUCAAGCCUUCCUAACUGGGUUAGCGUCAAGAAUGAGAUGCAUUCAAUCUCUUUUAUUGUGCCUGAAACUUUGAAUCCUGCUGAUCUGGUCGGAUUUACCUUGUGGGCACCAUACGUGAGUCAACAAAACGAUGUGAUGUCUGAAUACUCUCCAAAAAUCUAAGUGAAAAUUCAGACUAAAACUGAAAGUCGUGAAUUGACGCGUAAUCCAGCAACAGAUCACAUACGUAUGUACCAUGAAAAACACAUUUGGCAAGGUUACUUUUCAAACGAAGAUUUCUUUUUGGAAACAGUGGAUCAAGUGGAAGUUUCUGUGGAUUUUGGAGUUCAAGUCACCAUUCUUGAAACAGGACUAACUCUUUCUUACAGGGAGAAAACAAUAAGUAAAGAUCUUGAGAUAGUGGAAGAAAGCCAAAGUAGACCUCACAAGAAACAUAAUGAUGCAGCACCAUCUACUAUCUUCUUAUUUUCCAUAUAUUUAUGUUUAUUUAUUGUCUUGUUGGGUUUUUUAUUAUUCUCGUUUGGCUUUUAAGGUUAAGUCGGUUUGAACAUUGUUUGAUGUUCAAGCUUAGACAUCUAGGGUUAAUUAUUUAGAAGAGUAUAAAUGCUCUUAGCUAUGUAUCGUAAACGGUGGUUGUUUUGAUUUUUAAUAAAAAGAGAAAGCUUUUCUAAAACCGAAGUCUUUGAAUUCAACUCUCUUUCGAUCCAUUGAUACGUAAGAAAGCUUGAACUCCGAGCAACGAUCGUUAACUUUUGAUCCCUUGAUUCUUGAGUUCUCAAUCGUUAUUGUUACAGUACAUGUGGACUGCGAUGAUAGUAUCAACAUUGUGGAGACAGGGUUUUCUCUUGCUUUGGUGAUAUCCAGUUUACACACAAAGUAGAUAAACUUCGAUAUUAUGGUGACGACGUGAUGUUGUUUUGUUAAAGGGAAAAGUCUGAGAAGCAUUUGUACGUACAAUUGUAUAUGCUCCCAUUGAAGACAAACCGGGAGAGACAUUUUAUGGUUGUGGCAUUUUCCCAGAAAUUCCCAGGAACAUAUUUCUUAGAAAAUUUUAGAGAUCACAGUGAAGUAUCACACGAAAGGAAGUGUCUGGAGUCGCAAGCCAAAGACCUAUUUGGCAAUGGCAAGGACACUUUUUAAAUUCAACAGAUCGGAUUUGCAUGUAUCAGUGAAAAGCAUAUUUGUCAAGGACACUUUUCAAACGAAGAUUUCUAAUAAGAAACAGAGGAUCAAGUGAAAGUAUCUGUGGAGGCCACCAUUCUUGAGACAGGAGACAGAGUAACCCUGCUUACAGAGACGAAGUCAAAACUCCCAGAUUCAAACAACUGAUGAAGUUGAGGCAUGAAUUUCGAAAAGAGUAAAAUCACCAGUUGACUAAGUUGAGUCUUCUUCAGAUUAAACCACGUGAAAGUGGAGGAAAACAAUUAUAUUCCUCCCAUCUGAACUCGAGUGGAUUUUUUUUUUUCCGAGCAACUUGUUGUCCUUAGAUCUUUAAGAAAGUGGAAUAAAACAGAGUCCAGAGUUUUCGUAGCAAAGGGGUAAGCUUUCUUAUUCCCUCGAACAUGGGCAAGUAUAUUUAGUUUGAUUAUAUAAGUCUCACAGCUACAAAAGGUUCUUUCUGCUUUUAAAAACCUUUUUCCUCUAGUUGUGAGCAAAUUUUUCA